CUCCGCAAGCAGCACGAGGGCAGCGAGGUGCUGAAGUUCGACGACGUGGUCACCAACGUGGGCAACUACUACGAGCCCAGCACGGGCAAGUUCACCUGCCCACUGCCCGGCAUCUUCUUCUUCAGCUACCACGUGCUGAUGAGGGGCGGAGACGGCACCAGCAUGUGGGCCGACCUCAAGAAGAACGGGCAGGUGCGGGCCAGCGCCAUCGCCCAGGACGCCGACCAGAACUACGACUACGCCUCCAACAGCGUGAUCCUGCACCUGGACGUGGGCGACGAGGUGUGCGUGCAGCUGGACGGUGGCAAGGUCCACGGGGGGAACACCAACAAGUACAGCACCUUCUCCGGGUUCCUCAUCUACCCCGACUGA